AUGUUUAUUCCACCUAGCAAAGAUAGCGAAGUCGUCUCCAGUGCUGCUGUUACUGUACCAUCUAGUGUACCUUUAUCUAAUGAAAAUGAUCCUAAUUCAUGUGUUUCUAUCGAUAAAGAGGAAUUACCACCGCCUACAAAUGAAGCUAUGUCAUCAUGUAUGAAUAUUUCUAUGCUUUCAAGUAUUAGUGAUGAAGAAAUGAUAGAACCAUCUACGACAAUUCGAUUAGUCGAAACAUUGACGAAAUUCGCUGUUGAAACUUUAGUCUCUGAUGAUUAUCCAACGACAUCGUCAGCAACAUCAAAUUUAUUAAAUUUAUCCUACAUUUCUUCACCUGAUGAGGAUGAUGGUGAUGAUAUUGCAAGUGAGAAAGACUCAAAGGACUCACCUCAGCUGAAUACUACUACUGCUUCUACUAAUGAUGACGAUGAAAUGGUGAUGACGACUAAUACUGUCGAGAAAUUAGACGAUACAACCACAACAGCGACAACAGAUAUGAACAAAUCCCUACCUGAAUCAUCUGAUGAUAAUCGGUGUAUAAUAACCACAGACGGCAAUGACGAUCCGAUGGCACAAGUUGGUGAUGAAAAUUCUAUUAGUGAACAAUCAAUACAUCCAACAAUAUCAUCGACAACAAAAGAUGACGAGGCGACGGCAGUGGAGUUUAUGAGUACAACUGUUUCUCCGAGUCAUCCAGAACAGACUACUAGUGAUUUUGAUACUAUUACUAGUAAUACGAUUAGUAUUAUUAGUAAUCCUGAAUGUCUCCAGCUGAUAACAAAUAGUCAUGAAGUCAUCGAUGCAUAUACUCAUACUACUACUGGCCACUCAUCAUCAUCAACACCCUCGUCGUCGUCGUUGGCGUCGUCGUCAAUAGUAAGCAAACAACAAAAUCUGGAAAUAUUGAUGAAAAAAUCACGAGACUGUUCUACUACACCUCGUAAAGAUACAGAGGAUACGAUGGUAAAAAAGUCGAAAGAUUCAUCACGUGAUUAUAAUAGACACUAUGAGGCGGUGGCGACGGCUGAUCGUCAUCAUCACUCACCAUCGUCGUCACAUUCUUAUUAUCAGUCGAAGAGUUCAAGUAAUUUUAAUCAUUAUAAAUCACAAUCGUAUAGUAAUAAUAAUAAUAAUAGCAAUAAUCCUCGUUAUGAUCGUAAACACCAUUAUCCUCAUCCAUCACAUCAGCAUCAACAACAUUCCUAUCGACAACAUCAACAUCAUUCGCAUCAAUUGAAAGACAGUAGUAAUAAUUCAUCACAUCGACGUGAUGACUACAAUUCAAGAUAUCGUGAUACACCGUCAUCGUCGUCGUCAUUACUGCAUAGAUCACGAGAUCAUGAUGAUAAGAAUAGUUCAGCAUAUUCGUCUUCUUCAAGACAUAAUCAUCAUAAUGAAAGAUCUAGUUCAUCGCAUUCAUCAUCAUCUCAUCGACAUCAAGAUAGCAUUUAUUCGACAAGUCAUCGUGAUUCUUCUUAG